AUCUUUUUCCUAAAGUGAGAUAAAACACGUAUUCUCUUUUCUCUAUUUUGUUAAACCAUGUUGGAUAAAUACGACCCUUCCACUUAUAAUCAUAAAUAUGCCGAUAUUAACGGUCUUCGUAUGCACUACGUCGAUGAAAACUCACAAUCCCCCAAAGCUCUGUUACUUAUCCACGGUUGGCCUGAUCUCUGGAUCGGAUGGAGAGAACAAAUUCCUUUCCUUGUACAACUUGGUUACCGUGUUAUUGUGCCUUCUCUUCGCGGUUUUGGUGAAACAGUAUCACCAGCUGAUCCUGCCGAAUACGGUUAUGGCACUGUCUCCAACGAUUUAGCCGGUCUUUUAGACCACCUUCAAAUUCCUACUGUCACUGUCAUUGGUCACGAUUGGGGAGGAGCUGUGACUUGGCGAUUCGGCCAAUUCUAUCCAGAUCGAGUCAAGGCGCUUGCCAGUUUUUGUACACCCUAUCUUCCUGUGGCCCAAGAAGAAGUGACUUUGGAGCAAAUUGUAAAAAUUUUGCCCAACUUUAAAUACCAACUUUACUUGGCAGGACCUGAUGCUGAAAAAGAUAUGAAUGACAAUUUCCCCAAAUUCUUCAACCGUAUUUUCCGUCCUAUUGCCGAUAUGGAACCCUUGAUUGACCCUGAGCUUGGUACUUUGGCAGAAGGUCGUUCCGACCGACCUCGUAGUGAUAAGAUCCCUCAAAAAGUAAUGGAUUAUUAUGUAGAGGCUUAUACAAAGCAAGGUGCUCGUGGUGGUUUAAAUUGGUACCGUCAAACACAUAACAACUUUGUGCAAUGCAAGAAUUUAGAUCCCAUUAUCAAGAAGCCUUCUAUGUUGGUGCUUGCAGAAGGUGAUAGAGCGUUGCCUCCUUCCAUGGCUAAAACCACACCUCAGUUUAUCCCCGGUGUGGAGGUUCAUCUUGUUGAAGACUCUGGACAUUGGAUUCUUUGGGAACAACCUGAAAAAUGUAAUGCCUAUUUGAAGGAUUUCCUCGCUCGUGUGGACCCUAUCAAUCACAAAUUAUAA